AUGAUCAGGCCACUCAGAACCGAGCCCAAAGCACCAACCACCACAACCAUUCUCAGAACCGGUUCCAAAACUUUGAAAGAGGAUGAGGACGAGGCCGAGGUCACGGUUGGCAUAAUGGAAAAAAUUCAGGUCGUUCUCUUAAUUGGAAUUCCAACCACCAUAAUGGUGGGGCCUCCACCCGUGACAAAGGCUGGCAGAAUAGUCGUGCUUACUGCCAUCCUCAAUUUCUAA